AUGUAUUGCAUCCUCAGCCUUCUCGUGCUCUCGGCCGUCGCCGUCUCGGCCGAGCACCUGGUCACAGGGGGCCCCGACGACUCGAACAACCACCAAGUGAUCCUGUCGGGCAGCGGCAGCGGCUUUCCCGACGUUGAAAUCCCCCUCUCUGGCCUCGAGGCCGGCGAGCUCCGCCAACGCCUCUUUGGGUUUGACCAGCGCCCGUUCAACGGCUCCGAAGACCGCCCGCACGGCCCCUUCAACGGCUCGAAUGGCCGCCCUCAUGUCGACUUUAACGGCUCCGACGAUCAUCCCUACGGCUCCUUUUAA